AUGAGUGGUGAAGGAGCAAGAAAACCAACAACGAUGUAUGGAAUGCUUCGAAUGGCGUUUAUUGGGAUUGCAGUUGGAGUUGGGAUAUACUACGUACUUCUGUUUUUGUUUGGAGUGGCGUUUUUGGAUCCAGAGUACUACGGAAGCUAUAUGUAUGCAUGGAGAGUGAACUAUGCAGAAAAGCCAAUGACUCAUGGGAGAUACAAGUUGAUUAACGAGCUUGACUACCCAAGCACUGAGGAGAGACAGAAGUUCUAUGAACUUGCACAAGGAAGAGUGGAAACGAUUGAUGGAGUGAGCAAGGAGGUUGGAGAUGCGUAUUUGAUACGAUUCAAUAGGCCUGAGCAUUAUCCACGAGGGUUUGAUCACCAGUCGAGUCUGAAUUUCAAUGAGUAUGGGUCUUUUUUGAAGCUUAGAGAGAAGUUUAUAUGUGAGAGUGAGAAUCUGAAGGUUGAUGAGAGCUUGACGAAUGAGCAGCUGAAGGAUAUGAUGAAGAGUAAGAAGACAGUUGGAGGAGAGAUGUUUUUUUCUGGAUACAAGGGAAAGAGCAUUGACUACAUGAUGAACACAUUACCUGAGAGUAAGACAGAUCCUUGGUAUGAGGUUGGAUGUGCACUGAUCAAUGCGGUGUCUGGGAUUCUAUCAUUAGAUGCAGAUAAGAGAGUGAAGUACAUGUUUGAUGGAGCUAAGGUUGGAGAGGGACUGAGAGCAGAUAUCAAAGCAGGACUUAGUGCGUUGAAAGAGCCAAGAAGUAAAGAGACCGGAGAAAUUCUGAGUGAUGAACAGAUUUACAAGGUGAUUGAUGAGUUUUUUGUGCAUAAUGGACGAGUUUGUGCAUCACCUUAUGAGACUUAUGCAUACUCGAGGAUGUAUUACAUGUUUAAUUUUCUGACAGCAGGGCUUGAGUUUUCUGUGCCUAAUUUCAAGGGAUCUGAUAAGGAAAGCAACGAGUUCCGAGAAGCAAGGAUGGAGUAUGUGGCGAACAUAUUUGCAAGGAUAAUGUCGAGUGUUUAUCCAAAUGGACACAAUAAGGAUGUGAGUGAGAUUGGAUUUAUUGAGAAGCUGAGGAAUAAGUUCAGUCCGAUGAUGAAUGUUGAUGCAAAGAAGGAAGUUGCUGAGGAUGACCUAGAGCUAGUGAGGACAAGCUUUGAGGAGGCAGCAAAGAAACAUGUGUUGACAGUGCAAUAA